AUGUGUAUGGAGCUGGAGGUUUCUCCGAUCAUGGGGCUUCCUUCAGGGGGGGCCCAUCUUCAGGGUCCUUUGACCAGGACCAGAACCAGGACCAGAACCAAGGUCCAGCCCCGGGGAUCGGCUUCUCUCCGGGGGGUCCAGGAUCUGCUCCAUCAGGCCCCCCCAACCCGAACUACAACAACAUCCAUAUCCCACCGGGGGCCCACGCUCCAGCCAACACCCCCGCAGAGAUGCCCCCCGCCUCAGAAGCCGCUAAACCAGUGCCUAUUCCCAGAUCAGUUCCCCUCCCUGUGGACCCCAGACUGAUGCAGGGUCAGCAAGAGGGAGUGCAUCUCACCGCUGAUGACUUCACCAAGGCUCAGAAGUUGUGUAAAUACGCUGGCAGCGCUCUUCAGUACGAGGACGUGAGCACAGCCGUGACUAACCUGCAACAAGCUCUGCGACUUCUCACCACCGGACACGAGUGAAGCCUUCCUCCUCCUCUUCCUCAUCCUCUUCCUCCUCACUACAGUUUGAAGAGCAAAGCUUAUUAACAUAACAAACGCAACGCUCCUUUUUGCUGAUAUCAACAUGCAUGAGUGUUUCUAUAAAACAUAUCAGCAACAACGAGAUUUAAUGUCAUUUAUUCAAAAAAGAAAAUUAAAACAAUGAGACAUAGCAACAGAAAUGUGUUUAUAAAACAACAUAUUAAAACGAGCUCGAGUAGAAUAAGACAAAAAAGAAAAGUUGAUCAAAUGUGUUUAAAACACACGUUGACACUCCUAACAAAUAUAGUGCUCCUCUGAUAUUGAUGACUUUUGAUUAACAUUUACCAAACUCUCUUUUGAUUGUUCAGCCUUUUUACGGCAGAGGGUCAGGGCCACGGGAAAAUACAUUUGAUUUCUAACCCAACAUUUAUUUUUGAUUCUAAAAUAUAAGUAAACAUUUUGAGAGAAAUCUGAAUUCUGAGAUAAAAAAUCUUUAUUUUGAGAAUAAAGUCAGAAUUUUGACGUAAAAGUCAGAAUUCUGAAAUGAAAGUAAACAUUUUGAGAAAAGUCUGAAUUCUGAGAUUAAAAAAAAAUCUAAAUUUGGAUGAAAGUCAGAAUCUUGAGAAAAGUCAGGAUUUUGAAUUUCCACAGAAUUCCCCCCAAAAAAUCCCUUUUGUUCAGAUCUCAAAAACCUUUUCUCAUGUCGCCCUAAUCCUCUUCUGUAUUUUUGUGUUGACCUGAUUCUGUCAAAGGAUCCUUCGCUGAUCAGCUGAUCGCUUUAAACUCACUGUGACUCCGAAAAAACUGACAGGCGAUGAAAGAAAAAAGUGAAAUGUAAAAAGUUUAAAUCGUUUACAAACCGUAAAUAUUCAGAUUUUAAAAUGUCUUCUCUUAUCUGUAAAACGUCUCUCCUCCUAUUGGCUGGCGCACAACCUUCUGUAGUGAUUGAUGGUUUAGGGGCGGGACAUCUCUAAGUGCUUGACCAAUCACAACAGCAGUCUCUGAAACCCAAAUGAAACGUUAAAGGAUCUGCUGCUGGAGACGUCCUCUCACUGCUUUCUGUUUUGCUCUGAAGUAUUUUAUUUUGACGUGUUUCCAUCCGUCUCUGUGUGUACGAUGAUCUUUUCUUUGUUCUGGUGGAUUUUAAACCCAGAUCUGCCAGAACCUCUGUUGAUUUAUUUGAAUAAAAUGGUUUGAGAUGUUCA